GGCUUUACCGAUAUGUUAUUUUAUUUUAACGCAGCCAUGACUGUUAUGUCUGUAACUGCAGCGGAACAGUUGACAGAAUAACCAGCGUCUUUAGGACCCCGCGGACACAUAGCAUACGAGGACCAAGGAUAGGUAACGUUAACCUCAGAGGACUGAUCAGAGGUCAGUUUGGAAAUCUGUCCGCUAGAGCUAAUGGUGCCACACAAUGCUGUGGAAACUGACCCCUCCUCGGUUCACCUAAAAAAUACUUCGCUACGCAUUUUACAGCGAUGAAAUGGAGUAAACAGAGGCGGCUAGCAAACAAGUAGUUGACCUAUACGUCGUUUUGUUAUGAAGCUAAAGUUUUGGACUACAUUUAUAAGCCCUUCUAAGCUAUCAAAAUGGCCACUGAUCGGUGUUUCGGUUAGCUGUGCUGCGCCGCUUCGAUGCAGCCAUACCCGUCAUUCCUCGCAGUCUGCGGUGUAAACAUCUCCAUUCAGUUCCCGUGGGUAGGGGUCACGCUGUAAACCGGAUCAGCUAUGCAAGCCAACACGACACGGGGCUUCUUGUGGUCGGACAUAGAGACCAGGACCCUUCUCAACAUCUGGGGGGAGCAGGACAUCCAGACGGCGCUUGAUGGAAACUUCCGAAACAGCUUCGUCUACCGAGACGUUUCCCGCAGGCUGGGGGCCAUGGGCUUCGAGAGGACCCCGGAGCAAUGCAGGGUCCGGAUCAAAAGCCUCAAGAGGCAGUACCUGCUAGCAAAGGAGGGCAACCUGCGAAACAACGGGCAGUACCACAAGAUCUGCAAGUUUUACGACAUCAUGGAGAGGAUUUUGAGCAACCGGCCGCCUCUGGACCCGCAUGAGUUGAUAGACAGCGGGGCGGGAGUGGAGGAGGCCGGAGAUGGGCUGGAUGAGGACGGGGAGGAUGCUCAGGAUGGAUACUCUGAGAGCACAGGAGAGUGUCCCUAUCCUGCUGAGACUGAAGUCAAGCUGGAAUACCCAACUGUCCCCAUCCCCAUUCCAGUAAAAGUCACAGUUGGCAAUAACAGCACUUCUGCAAAACCGACAAACAGUAGCCAAUUAGCUGGCAAUCUGCCGGCCAGAACCCCAAAACGAACCAGGAAGCGGCGUUCCAACUUCCCCAUGGAGAAGCUAAUGGAGCAGUUCCUGGAGCAGAGCGCCCAGGCUGAGGACAACUUCUACCGCAUGGAAGAGCAGCGCCUGCAAGCGGAGGAUCGUCGCAGAGAAGCAGAACACGCCAGAGAGCUGCACAUGCUCCAGAUGCUGGCUCAGAUGUUCUCAGGCAGACCCAGCUCAUCCUCAUCUUCUCCCUCCAAACUGUCCCCACCGGCCCGACCUCCGGUUAUCUCCAGCACCCCCCCAUCGCAUCAUACGCGCGGCCAGUCCGGGCAACUCAGACACCCUGCAUCCCAGACAGACUAUUUCAGCCAACCUCUGAGAACAGAUCCUCAGGCUUUAGGUGUCAGGUCUGGCAGUGUGUGUGAAGAGAAAAUAAAAGGCAGCACAGUGUUUGAGCGUUACUACAGUUUGGGCUCUUCCUCACACAGAGGCAUGGGUGAUGAUAUUGUCCCACUAGUAAAGAGUAUAGUUCCUCCACUGACGUCCAAAAAGCACAAAGGACAAGAUGGCCGUAUUGGGAUCAUUGGAGGAUGUAAAGAUUAUACCGGUGCUCCAUACUUUGCUGCCAUCUCUGCACUGAAAGUGGGGGGUGACUUGUCACACGUUUUCUGCACCAGAGAUGCUGCAACGGUGAUAAAAUCCUACAGCCCCGAGCUCAUAGUGCACCCUGUUCUGGACAGUACUAAUGCUGUGGAGGAAAUAGAAAUGUGGCUCCCGAGACUUCAUGGCCUCGUUGUGGGACCAGGUCUGGGCAGAGAAGACUCCUUACUGAAAACAGCCAAGGAAGUGAUUGAGAGGUCUAAAGCGAGGGAUAUCCCUAUAGUUAUUGAUGCAGAUGGAUUGUGGCUCAUUACACAACAACCAUCUGUCAUUCAAGGUUAUCAGAAGGGCAUCCUUACACCUAAUUUCAUGGAGUUCAGCAGACUGUUCGAGGCACUUCACCAUGAGCCCAUGAACAGCAGCGACCACCAGCGCAGUGUCAUGCAACUUAGUGGAGCUAUGGGCAACCUCACCUUGGUGCUGAAGGGGGAACAGGAUCUCAUCUCAGAUGGCAGCAAAGUCUACUCAUGCAGUGUUGAGGGCAGUGGAAGAAGAUGUGGUGGGCAAGGGGAUCUCCUGUCUGGAUCUAUGGGAGUCAUGGCACACUGGGCUCAUGCUGCUUCAACAGCAGGACUAAUCAGAGGUAUGAACCCAUCAGUGGUUGCAGCGUUCGGCGCCUGUUCGCUUACCAGACAGUGCAACAAUCAGGCGUUCCAUCGGCACGGCAGGUCCACCACCACCUCAGACAUGAUCCAGGAGAUCGGUCCGGCCUUUAGGAAACUGUUUGAAAGCUGAAACAAUCAAACAUCUAGUAAUGACAUACACACUUAAUCUUAAAAUGUGCUUUCUUCAGGUAGGCUUUGGGUGAGCUGGUGGGAGUUUGGUAGAGGUAGAUACAGUACAUACGCACAUUGUUUUAAAUAAACCAGAAAUAAAAUCCAACAAGCACCUGAUUUUAUCUCAAAAGCUGUUUAAGAUUCAGUUUUUGUCCACACCAAAUAUGUUGAAGCCAAAUUGUUCAGUUUACACAGAAGACUGAGUUGGCUAAAUAAAAUCAGUGAAUUCUA